UCCAUUAUAGUGGCUGCAUUUAAGAUGUCCCUUCGGAAAACUCUGCAUGUCAAGUGGUGUACAAACAUGUGGAUUAUUCUAUGCUGCUCCUUGGUUGAUGCCACCACCAACGUGGCUGUAGGCAAGCCCACCUACUUCAGCACUAAUUUCCCAAUAUCGUAUUCCCAACCGUCUCACGUUGUUGAUGGAAACACUGACAGCGAUAUGUUCCGGGGAAGCUGUUUUGCGACAAAUGUGGAUGACCUAAGUCCCUGGUGGAUGGUUGACUUACUGAGCACCUACACCAUCGGUAACAUCACUAUCUACAACAGAGGCGAUUGCUGUUCGGAACGCCUCCAUGACGUCACAGUGGAGGUGUUCUCUGUUAACCCAGCACGAUGUCCAAAUGCAACUGCAGCUGUAUGUAAAGAACUCCCUGGACAACUGGCUAUGGUCAGCAACAUAACCUGUGAUCAGGAAGUUGUUGGCAGGUUCGUCAGAAUCCGGAAAGGAUCUUCAACUCGGGAGGACGUCUUGAACAUUUGUGAAAUUGAGAUAACUGGAGUUCCCCAUCUUCCAGGGUGUGGUAAGAGAGCCAUACCUGUAACUAAUGGACGCAGGUUGCAACCACUCACUGGACCGGAAGUUGUGUCUGUGGAUUCCCGCUUGGAUUGCGGGAGAGCCUGCAUCUUUCAUGCUGCCUGUUUUGGCUGGAACUUCCAGAGUCAAGACUUCACCUGUGAACUGAUAAACUCAACUGCAAGUGACGGAACGUUUAUGGAUGACCCUCUGUGGACCUAUUCCGCGUUUGAUAUUUGUGUGUCAGGGUAAAUAAGGGUGUUCUUUGAGAGGCAUAUUAGAAGUUGUGUAGAUGAAGGGAAACCAAGUUCUAUGGACAGUCAACUUCUUUAUUGCAGUGAGUGCGACGUUUCGGUGUAGGUACUAACACCGUUAUC